AUGGUUAAGAAAGCUGCUGGUGCUGAAAAGCCCGCCCGCAAGAGCAAGCGCCCCAAGUCUGUUGGUGGAACAAAGAAGGGAAAGGUCUCUCCCUACAAUAAGUUCAUGAAGGAAGAGCUUGCUCGUCUCAAGGAGUCCGAUCCCGACAUGAAGCACCCAGAGAGGUUCAAGAUAGCAGCCACUAACUGGGCUAAAGCGAAGGAGAAUCCAAAGAACGCCAAGUAACGCCUCGCGUUGUUUUAUUCACUCCCGAUGUCGACCGAUACUGCAUCCUUAUCUACGUUAAUUUCGGUGUUCUCUCAGGGACAGUGAUGAACUUUCCCUUAUUUUAUGUCUUUGCUCCGUCGCGCAUUUCGAUCUUCUGCUGUCGUUUAUUUACCCCAUUCGUUGCAACUUCUUAAAGUGCUAUCGGUUCAUGUUCAACGUGUUUUAUUUCAUGUAUGCACCUGUAUUGAAUGUCAUUACUGGCUCGCUUUC